AUGAAAUCGAUGAAAGCACACCCCCUCCAAUUCCUCUCCCUCUCCAAUCCAUCGAAAUCCACUACCAUCUCUCCUUUCUUGCACCAGUUGUUUGCAUCAUUUUCUUCUUCAAUUGAAACGCCAAAACUCGCCACUAAUUCAGAAGUACUAACAACAUUGACACAAGAAGAAGUAACCAGAAUUAAUCUUUUAAUCCCACGUUUAUGUCUCUUAAACCACUUAACCACAGCUAUCCAAUUAACCACAACUACUCUCCUUACAAAUCCACCUCCAAAAUCCCUUUCUUUUUCCGUUCUCGUUCACUCUCUCACUUCUCAACCUGACAUGAUCAAGCCCAUUUCACUUCUCACCAUUCUCAGGCACACCCCGAUAGCACAUUCGCAUCUCACACCCAUAACCAUCAUGCUUAUCACUUCAUAUAUAAAAAAGAAGAGACCCAAAGAGGCCUUGAAGGUGUAUCAUUGGAUUCUUAGGCCUGGCUCCCCAUGUAAAGUUGAAAAGAUUGUAUUUAGUGUUUUGGUUAAUGGGUUUUGUGAGUUUGGUUGGGUUCUCGAAGGUUUGAAGGUUUUGAGGGACAUGGUCAGUGUAGGGUUUUUGCCUAUUGGUGGGUUAAAGGAAAGGGUUUAUAGGAGUUUGUUGAGAGAGGCUAGGGUGAGGGAGGCAGUGGAGUUGGAUAAGGCUUUAUGUGAUUGUUUUGAGGAUGUUGGUGGUGAGAGUUGUAAGGAAGUUAUUGACUUGUUGGAUUCUUUAAUUAGGAACUGGUCUGAGUUAAGAGCAGGUAUGCUUUAA